CUAGGAACGCAAGAGUGAGGGAAAGAAUAAGGAAAUCCCUACCUAAAAAGCCCAAAGUGUCUAUAGUAGAGUUUGAUUCGUAACACAAACUUUACCGUAAGACAAAAGUUAAAAGUAAACAUAACUUUCAUUACAAAGUACAAACUUCACUCCGUAUUGCAAUUGUCCAAAACCCUACACAAACCAAAAGCCCAACUAAAAGCGCGCGCAAUCUUCCCGCUUUCUUUGACUGUCAUUAUAUACUUAACCCUUCCCUUUCUUCAUCCCCUGCUUCGCAAAUCGUAAUUAGUGAACUAAUUGCUUUUUUCUCUUUAUAAUUCAGGUAAUUUUCUUUCAUACUUUGUUCCUAAUUUUUUAAUUUAAUUUCAUUUCAUAUGCAUUUUUUUGUUACUACGAUUAUCUGUUUAAAGUUCACGAAUGUUAACAUAAUUAUGUGUAAUUGUAUUUUGGUGGUAGACGAUAACUCCUGCAUUAUUUACCAUGUCCGGCGCUCCAAUUUCCAAUAGAAAGCGACGUCGGAGUAUUCCAUCGGAACAAGUUCAUGGCAAUACUUUAGGUGGGGGAAAAUAUGAGGAUUCUGUUUUCAUGGAGAUGAUGUUGUCCGCUAUCAUAAAACACGGUCUUCCAUUGACAUUGUUUGAGCAAAGUGGCACUAGAGAUGUCUUCGACUAUCUAAAGCCGAAUGUCAAACACAUUAGUACAGAUGCAGCCAAGGGAAACUGUAUGGAAGUGUAUGAAAAGGAGAAAGCCAAGUUUAAACAUGAUUUGGGGAGUAUUUCGGGUAGAUUAUGUUUGACAAUCGAUAUUUGGGUGGAUCCUUGUACUAAUGACUACCUUUGCUUGACUGCGAAUUAUGUGGAUUCUAACUGGAAAUUGCAAAGCAAAUUUCUGAAUCUUUUGCGCUUGUCUUUUCCUUGGGAUGCAUCUAGCCUGCAAUCAGCAGUUUACGAUGUGUUGUGCAAGUGGGGGAUCGAGAAGAAAGUAUUUUCUAUCACUUUCGAUAGUGGAAGGUGUGGUGAGGCAGUACAAGACAUGUUAAGGGAGUGUCUUAAUGGGAAAGAUGGUGCUUUACUUUGCAAUGGUGACUAUCUUCAUGUCUGUUGUGGGGCUCGUUUCAUGGAUCAUAUGGGCGAAGAGUGUUUCAAGCUGAUUAAUAGCCCUAUAAGUAAGAUCAGAGAGGGUGUGCAUUACAUAAUGGGUCAUGAGAAGAACAGACUCAAGUUUGAAGAAGCUGCAUUGCUCAUUUUCCAAGGUGAAUAUGAGCCUUUGUGGUCUGAUAGCUACUUGAGAUGGAAUUCCACUUAUUUGUUGCUCGAGAGGGCAGUUAAGUAUCGGUAUGCCUUUGAACAUGUGAUGAUUGAUGACGAGUAUACUGAUUGGCAUUUGACAGUAGAAGAGUGGUCUAGGGUUGAAAAGAUGUGUAAGCUUCUGAAGCCUCUUUAUGACAUAGCAAAUCUGUUUUUAGGCACUGAACACCCAACAGCCAAUUUAUACUUUAUAAAUGUUAUGAAGAUUGGUUUGCUCCUUGUGGAUGCAUUGGAGGAUAUAGACCUUGAGAUAAGUAACUUGGCACGAAGGAUGAAGAGUGAAUUUGAUGUGUACUGGGAUUCUUGUCAUGAAGUUCUUGCGUUGGCUAUAGUAUUUGAUCCUCGCUACAAACUCAGCUUUGUCAAGUUUUGUUAUGGGAAGUUAGACAAGGCAAGUGCAGAGAACAGGUAUGAGUGCACCCGUAAACGGCUUGAUAGGCUCUUCAAAACUUACAGUGAUCAACUGUUUGAAUCACACUUGAAUGAAAUGAAAGAUGAUAUUAUCAAGGGGUUUGACAUAUAUUGCAGAACGAAGGAAAGCAACUCAGGUAACUCAAGUCUGAAUUUGUACUUGAAUGAACAGAAUGUUCGCUGCCAGAAACAGAUGGAUGUUCUCUCUUGGUGGAAGGAAAAUGAACCGCAUUUUGGACAAGAACUAACUCUUAUGGCAAGGGAUAUAUUAAGCACCCCUAUUACCUCGUUUCCUAAGGAUUCAGUUUUUGGCAUGGGCUACAGAGUUAAAGACAGAUUGAAAGGUGACUGGUAUUCCAAGUGGACAGAAGCACUAAUAGCUACUCGAAACUGGUUAUACGGAUACCCAGUUGAACCUGAUUACCCUGGAGGACUUAUGGGCAUUGAGCAGCGAUUUUGGCGUACCUCAGAUGAGGAAGAGUCAGAUUGAAAGUUCCAGUAAAAUUGCUACCUUUUAAACUGCUGUACAUUCUGACAUAUUUUAGCUGCAAUAAUGGGAGUUUUUGUACUGAUAUAUGUGCAUGUUUUUGCAAUCAGGAAAUUAACUGAUUCAAAAGUGUUAACAAUCUGUGGCUUAGUGUUA